GAAAAAAUGGUGACAGACGUGCAGCUUGCCAUUUUUGCCAACAUGCUUGGCGUGUCAUUAUUCCUGCUGGUUGUGUUAUAUCACUAUGUGGCUGUCAAUAACCCCAAGAAGCAGGAGUAGGGUUGCCAAUUUGAUUGGAGAGGUGAGAUGGGACUCAGUGCCACCACCAUGGAAACUACAUUCCCCUCCUCAAGUCCUCUGUCCAAGAGAUACAUUUGUUUGUAAUAUUGCACAGUAGAGUUUUUUCUAAUAAAAAUAUGUGAAUUCA